CAUGGCUUCUGAACCACCAUCACCACCUUCGACUCAGCAGCCAAAAACCCCAAAUAUGGCGUAAACCCUUGACUCCAAAUUCUCUUAUCUUAACAUUCAAACCCAUUCUCUUUGCAUUCUGCAAAAACCCUAAAUGUCUCCACCAAUGAUCUAACCUUGCACAAGAUUCUGAGGUAAGAGGAAGAUUAAGGAUGAGUCAACCAUCUGUGAUCCUUGCAACGGCUAGCUAUGAUCACACUAUUCGGUUUUGGGAGGCCAAAAGCGGGCGGUGCUAUCGGACCAUUCAAUACCCAGAAUCUCAAGUAAAUCGGCUUGAGAUAACGCCAGAUAAGAAGUACUUGGCUGCUGCUGGAAAUCCCCACAUUCGGUUAUUUGAUGUUAAUUCGAACAGCCCUCAGCCUGUGAUGAGUUAUGAUUCACAUACUAGUAAUGUUACGGCAGUGGGGUUUCAGUGUGAUGGAAAUUGGAUGUAUUCAGGUUCUGAAGAUGGCACGGUAAAGAUUUGGGAUUUGAGGGCUCCGGGUUGUCAAAGGGAAUAUGAAAGUCGGGCGGCUGUUAAUACUGUUGUUUUGCACCCAAAUCAGACUGAACUGAUAUCUGGGGACCAAAAUGGCAAUAUUCGAGUAUGGGACUUGACGGCAAAUUCAUGCAGUUGUGAGUUGGUGCCGGAGGUCGAUACAGCUGUAAGGUCUUUGACAGUAAUGUGGGAUGGAAGCUUGGUCGUGGCUGCAAACAACCGUGGAACAUGCUAUGUUUGGCGCCUGUUGCGAGGAACACAAACUAUGACCAAUUUUGAGCCACUUCAUAAGCUGCAAGCUCAUGAUGGAUAUAUUCUUAAGUGUCUCCUGUCACCCGAGUUCUGUGAGCCCCAUCGGUACCUAGCCACUGCAUCUUCAGACCAUACUGUGAAAAUAUGGAAUGUAGAUGGCUUCACCUUGGAGAAAACUUUAGUAGCUUCUUCUGAUACAACGGCAAGGCUUUGGUCUAUGUCUACAGGCGAAGAUAUUAGAGUGUAUCAAGGGCAUCAUAAAGCCACAGUUUGCUGUGCUCUCAAUGAUGGGGCAGAACCCUCCUCAUGCUGAACCUGAAAUAAGACUAAUCUUUUAUUGAAAUGCAAAAUCCUCCAGCACCUUCCCAUUGCACUUGCUUGUGCGUGCAUCUGCAAAAUAUGUUCGCUAUGUCCAGGGGAGAGAAAAUUUUGUACUUCUAUGGUUACUUCCCGUUUUAGAUUGCUGCUUGGUUUGGGGUCCCCCUAUCUUUAUUUUGUACAGAUCUAGUCUUGUACAGAAUGCAGGUAUCUGUUGGUCCCGUCGGAACCUUUACAGAGAUCACUACAUUGACAAUAAUUGAUAUUUGAAUAUUAGAAGCUGAUUGCUGAAACCGGGAUACAGUUGUUCUAUUGUCAUAUUGGUGCAUUUGGUUUCGUUGUCAAAUCUUUACUGGAAUUAUCCAUUGUGAUUAUAAUUGCAGUUGAAGAGGAAAAAAUGGUUGAUUUUG